AUGACAGCAAGGGCCACUAAGCUAACAAAGCGACAUAUAUGGCUUAUGCCUUGGAGCAAAAUGAGAGUAGACCUCACAGAACAUACAUUGUUACUAGAAGUUAAAAGAGCAAUAAUAGAAAUUCCAGAAUUAAUGAAUAUUUCUCAAGGCACCCAG